AUGACCUCCAAACAAGCCAAAAAGAAAGAAGUGCAUCGUAUCAACUCAGCGCACGGAUCGGACAAAUCUAGAGAUACUCAGUACUUCUUUAGCGGUAACGUACAAUCGAGUUCUGUUGAACCAAAGAAGGGGAAAUUCCCAAUUUGGCCAGAAUGGAGUGAAGCCGAUGUAAACGCAGAGAAGUGGGAUGCAGGGAAAGCUGCAAAAGAAAAGGAUAAAAUGGGCAAAAGCCCUGUCUUUCAUUUUUUUGAAGACCCUGAAGGAAAGAUUGAAUUACCACCAUCCUUGAAAAUUUAUUCUUGGAAACGUCCACAGGAUAUUAUAUUUCAUCAGACUCCGGUAGUUGUGAAGAAUGAAAUCAUGUUUGAUUUGUUUUCAGCAAAUGAACAUUUACUUGGCAGUGAGUGUCUCCUGGUGAUAAAAUUCCUUAGCUUUCCUUCAUCUGAGAACAUCUUCAUUUCACCUUCAGCUUUGAAGGAUGGUUUCAAUAGAGAGAACAUUCUGGGUUACAGCAUCCAUGUAGCACACAGGAGAGAACUGGGAGAGUUCACAGUCAUUCAUGCACUCACAGGAUGGAUACCAGAAGUCAUUAAUCUUCAUGAACUCAAAACACGGUUGUGCUUCCUCACUGAAGAAAAGAUAGCUCAAAUGACAAGAGCACAAAGAGAAGAGACAUGGGGAAGUGACCAAGUGACCCUAACUUGUCAACAGUGGUCAGAGGAAAAGGGGCAUUUGAAGGAGUCUGCACGUAGUUCUAUAAAACCAGAAAGAAAAUCUGAGAAAGCAGAUGCAAAAGACCUGGGGAAGAAGAGGAGUAAAGAUGGAGAAAAGGAGAAGGAAAAAUUCAAAUUCUCACUUCAUGGUUCAAGACCCUCAUCAGAUGUGCAAUACUCUCUGCAGUCCCUAUCAGACUGCUCUUCAGCGACACAGCCCCCUCACAUGGUCGUAUAUGCUACCUUUACACCUCUCUAUUUGUUUGAAAAGAAGAUCUUUUCCUUAGAGAAGAUGGCAGACUCAGCUGAGAAGCUUAGAGAAUAUGGACUCUCCCACAUCUGCAGCCACCCUGUGCUGGUGACUAGAACAAGGUCUUGUCCUCUUAUAGCGCCAUCCAAACCUCCUCCCAUACCUCCCUGGAAGCUCAUUCGUCAAAAAAAGGAAACUGUUAUAACAGAUGAACCCCAGGAACCGAUAAUGAAGAAACCUGAACAGUUUCUAGAGAUUUCAAGUCCAUUUUUGAAUUACAGAAUGAAUCCAUUUAAAAUUCCAACAGAAACGCACUACGUACAGUCUUUGAUUAAGAAGGGGGUGCCUCUAGGAUCCGGUUUGUCUCCUCUCUCUGAGAAUGAUGAAAUGGCAAACCUUAGCCUGCUCGACGUGAAUCAAGUCACAGGAACUUUAUCUCAGGGCAAUGUUGCUUUGCAAGUUGUACUUGGAAAAGGUAAAGAUGAGCAAACAGACCUUGCAAUGAAUGAUCCGCCACAUCCACCUGAAGGAAUGAGUUACCAAGAUUUUAUCAGCCAGACAGUAGCAACUCAAGACAAAUCUCAGGAAGAACUAGUGUCGAUAAAUACUGCUGUUUCUAAAGAAACAUGGUUAGAUUAUGAGGACUUCUGUGUAUGCUUUCAGAAUAUAUAUAUUUUCCAUAAGCCAAGUUCAUAUUGUGUUAAUUUUCAGAAAACAGAAUUUAAGUUCUCAGAUGAACGUGUGUCCUACUAUCUAUUUGUGGAUAGUUUAAAACCGAUUGAACUACUGGUUUGCUUUUCUGCAUUGGUGCGCUGGGGAGAAUCUGGAGCCUUAACAAAAGACAGCCCUCCCCUAGAGCCUGGACUACUUAUGGCUGAAACAUAUUCUUGGAAAUCUCUGAAGGUACGGAAACUUGUUCUGAAGAUUCAUACGUAUGCUACCAAGGCUACCAUGGUUCGCCUGCCUGUUGGGAGACACAUGCUGCUCUUCACUGUACAUUCCCCAGUCGGGCACUGCGUACAGAUCUGCAGCAUGGUGACUUUUGUCGUUGGAGAGGAAGAUGUUGUGCUGCCCAACUUUGAGCCGGAGAGCUACCGAUUUACAGAGCAGUCCCUAAUAAUUAUGAAAGCUAUUGGAAACGUGAUUGCGAAUUUCAAAGAUAAGGCUAAACUUAACGCAGCUCUGAAGGAUUUGCAAGCAGCUCACUACCCUGUGCCCCUCCAGGAUAAAGAGCUAACUGCUCAGCACUUCAGGGUUUUUCAUAUGUCUUUAUGGCGUUUAAUGAAAAAAGUUCAAGUAGUGAAAGCACCUUUGAACUUCAAGUUUGCGUUCCGUGCUAUGGUUUUGGACUUGGAUUUACUGGAUUCUUCCGUGGAGGAGUCCUCUUUGGGAGAAUGGGCAGAUGUUAAAAAUUCAACAGCAAUGUCUGAGGAAGUAGCAGCAGCAAUUAAAAUUCAAGCCAUGUGGAGAGGAACUUACGUUAGAUUACUAAUGAAAGCCAGAAUACCAGAUACAAAGGAAAAUAUUGUUGUUUCAGACACUCUUCAAAAAGUUUGGGCUCUACUGGAAAUGAAUAUAGAACAAUAUGCAGUUUUUCUCUUAAGACUAAUGUUUAAAAGCAAGUGCAAGUCUAUUGAAUCCUACCCAUGCUAUCAAGAUGAAGAAACUAAGAUUGCUUUUGCUGACUAUACUGUGAACUAUCCAGACCAGCCGCCAAAUUCCUGGUUUAUCGUUUUCAGAGAAAUAUUUUUGGUUCCUCAAGAUAUGAUUGUGGUCCCCAAAGUAUAUACUACUCUUCCAGUCUGUAUGCUUCACGUUGUUAAUAAUGACACAAUGGAACAAGUGCCAAAGUUGUUCCAAAAAGUGGUACCUUACCUGUAUACCAAGAACAAGAAGGGAUACACAUUCGUGGCUGAAGCAUUUACCGGUGACACGUUUGUGUCAGCUUCCCGAUGGAAACUCCGCAUCAUCGGGCCUUAUCAUCCACUCCCGUGCCUCUCCCGAGACCCUCCAAGUAAUACCUUUGCCAUGAAAGAAAUCAAAGAUUACUACAUACCCAAUGAUAAAAGCAUUUUAUUCAGGUACUCAGUUAAAGGUGCAUUACCACAUCCUGUUACAGUACAGGUACGCACAUCCAAAGCUGACGCAUUCAUCAAACUGCAGAUCCUAGAAAAUGAAGAAACUAUUGUGAGCACCAUUGGGAAGGGACAAGCUAUAAUCCCAGCAUUUAACUUCCUGAUGAAUGAGAAAGACUUGAGCUCCCAGUCUAGCAAGCAAUUUCUGAGUCAUACUUCCUCCAAGAAAGAGCAAGAAUCAUGUGUGAAGAAGAAGUCUGCUGUAGGAAGUCAGAAAUCCAAUAAGAGUAGACCUGGCAGUGCUGUAUUAGACAUUAGUCAGACUAUUAUGGAUGAUGAAAUUAUCAAUAUGCCCACUAUAGAAGAAAGUCCUAGCACACCACAGCAGAUUUACAAGUAUAUUAUACAGUGUUUGGUGCUGUAUAAUAGUUGGCCACUUACCGAAAGUCAGCUGACAUUCAUUCAGGCACUAAAAGACUUAGAGAAAAAUGAUAUCAAAGCUCACUCAGAGAAACAUGAGGAAUCAAUUACCUUGGGAAGCCCAGAUUCCCAUGCUAUUAGUGAGGGACAAAAGUCUUCAGGAACUUCCAAACCAACAAGGAAAGGCAAGGAGAAGUUUUCUGAGAAAGAAAAGAUGGCCAAAGAAAAACCAGCACCUCGCUUUGAGCCUCAGUUCCCUGCUGCUCAUGCUCAACAAGAUGACCCAAAUAAACCCUACUGGAUUUUGAGAUUGGUCACUGAGACCAAUGAGGCAGAGUUCCUUGAAGUGAAAAAAGAUACCGAACGAGCAGAUGAAAUCCGAGCCAUGAAGCAAGCCUGGGAGAUGACCGAGCCGGGAAGAGCCAUUAAGGUAGCCCGAGAGCCGGACUCAAGGAGUACUGUGAGUUCAGAUGGCAAGUGUGCCUCUCCAGCAGGGAGUAUACUGUGGAAGAAGUGGCAGCUGAGCAGGAAUGUGAAGGAUCCGCCAAAAAUGAUAAGCAGUGAAAGUGGAGCUAGUACAUCCUCAGCAGCAAAGGAGGAGCGUGAACAGAGCACAGGCAAGGAAAACAUCGGGUCUCAUUCACAAUCCCCAACAAUUUUGGAAAUAUCUCCACAACUUAUUAGAAAAGAAUUAGAACAAAUGGACUUAUCUCAAUAUAUACAGAAAACAAGUUCUGACGCUCUCCUACAGACGGAAGAACUGAACCAGCUGAAGGCAGUACAAAAGGCAGAGGAGGUUCAUCAGUUCCGACAGUAUCGGAUGAGAGUCCUUAGCAUUAGAGACAUUGACCAAGAAGAACGGUUAAGGUUAAAGGAUGAAGUCCUGCAUAUGUAUGGGGAAAUGAGGAACUCGUCGGAUGAAGCCCGACAGAAGAUCCUCAAUAUCCGGGAAGAAUACAGAAACAAGUUGCUGGAAGCGGAGCGCUUGAGGUUAGAAGCGCUGGCUGCUGAGGAAGCGGCCAUUAAGAUGGAGUCCGAAAAGAAGACCCCCGUCGUCCCUGACACACAGAAGAAAAAGAAAGGGAAGAAAAAAUAA